AAUGUCCGAUUGCGAUUUGUCAGUACCAACCUCGACGAUACGCAUGUCAGCACGCGGUCUGUUCAGUGCCAUUUCGACUACUGGAACACGAGCAGGACGACGCGCGACACGACGACGACAUCGAGGCCAAUCGUUAACCGCUGCCGAACGCGAUGACGGCGAAGGUGGACGGAACGAUAGGAGAUAUGACCGCGGCGGAAGCGUUCGGGCCGGGCAGCCGGAUCGCGUCGUUCAAACUUGAGGGGCUGCACACGGAACAGAACCAAUUCGCGUCGUGCGUGAUGUACGGCGUAGCCGCCGUCGACGACCGCGACGGCCGACGCCAUAGCCAUCGACUCGUGUUCAAGUAUAAGCAUUCGACGCCCGCGAUGCAGGAAUUUUACAACAACGAUAAUCAGUUCCACAACGAGGUCUUGUUCUACGAACGGAUCGCGCCGUUUCUGUUGUCCCACAGUUCUCGGCGGAACGGCGAUGAGUCCGCGACGACGGUGUUUUGUCGUUACUUUUACGGGCGCAACAUUUGCGGUGAUCAGGCGCCCCGGGACGUGAUCGUUUUGGAAAACGCAACCGCGAACGGAUAUCAAGAGGCGAUGGUCGGCCACCGAUUGAGUUUGGAUUUCGAACACCUGACCGUGGCACUCAGGACGUUGGCAAAAUUUCACGGACUUUCGUACAGGUCCAAGCGAAAUGACUUGAAGAAAUUCAAGGAGAUAAUUUCUGAAGUGAAAGAGACGCAAUGGUCUGAAAGCGGCGAAUGGAUUUUCCACCCUUCCGUACUCCAAAAUCUGUAUUCGGUGGCUUUGGAUUGGUUAAAACAACGUCACACUGAGAGUGAUGAUAGUAACUGCGACGACAACGUUUUAAAGUGGAUACGAAAGUUCGAGUCAGAACUGUUGGCUGACCCGUUACAGAUAUUGAGACGCGUCACCUCUCCACUCGAACCACUAGCCGUGCUGUGCCAUGGUGACUUCAACCGAAACAAUCUGUUGUUCCGGUACGAUGACAGCGGCCGGCCAGUGGAUGUGCUGCCGUUUGACAUGGCGACCAUCCGGUACGGAUCGCUAGCCAUAGACCUGUCGUUUUUCUUGUACUUGAACACGGAUCGCCAAACCCGAGAUGAUCACUGGGACGAGUUGCUGGACGUGUACUGCGCGGCGUUGGCCGAGGAAGCCGGCGACGUCCCCGUGCCGAACCGCAAUCAGAUAGACGCUGAAAUGCACGAAAACGGAUUCGUGGGUCUGUCGCACGUGACGUACUUCGCUCGCGUUAUGUUAGAGGAAAACAAAUUUCCCGACAAAAAUGAAUUCCCCGAUGCCGAUGAUUCCCAAUUGUCCGACUUGUUGCUCUCGCAAGGCGGCGACUUGGCCACCGAAUGGGUCGCAGACGUUAUUCAUCAUUUUCUCCGCCGAAAGUAUGCCAGAACACCCACCGUCAAUGCUACUGCCUAUAAAAUCAGCACAUCAAUAGAAAUAUGAAUAAUUAAAUUAACUAUUAUAAUUACUGCAAAUGUCGAAAACUUUUUUUUAUUUUAGCUGUUGAUCUCUCGAGAAAAAUGCUUGAAAUAUUUUACUCGUAGAUUUACAUUAUUAAUCAAAAAUGAAUUCAAUAUUAUCUUUAUUUGGUUAUA